CAUACAUUCAAGAGGAUCUACAUAGAUCCUGGUGUGACAUUGGGCCGGCCACAACUCCUGCAAUUCCGAGACAACUACGAUCCUCAGGUCGUCAUCAAAAUGGCGGAUCAAGCAGGCCCAUCGUCAAUGAAGCAGUUGAAAAAGCCACGGAAGAAUGUGAAGCACGGAUUGCGAUUGGCGAAAGCCAAAAAACUCUCGGAAAAACAGCAGAUUGAUGCUUUGGAACGUGCAGCAAUGGAGUUCGAGCCGCGAGACGGUCUUCAAGCUUUUUCUGAUCUUCCUAUUUCCGAAUUGUCGAAGAAAGGACUCAAAAAGUCGUUCUUCGUUAACAUGACAGACAUUCAAGCAACUAGUAUACCAGUCUCCUUGAAGGGCAAAGAUGUACUGGCAGCUGCUCGCACUGGAAGCGGGAAGACUCUUGCUUUUCUCAUUCCAACGCUGGAGAUACUUUACAGAAGAAAAUGGGGUCCCCAGGAUGGUCUAGGCGCGGUAAUAAUUUCACCGACCCGUGAACUGGCUGUACAAAUCUUUGAUGUCUUGCGUUCGGUUGGAGCGUUUCAUUCAUUUUCGGCAGGGCUCGUGAUAGGUGGAAAGAAUCUGAAGGAUGAGAGGGAGCGGCUCGCGCGAAUGAAUAUCCUCGUUGCCACACCAGGUCGACUGCUGCAGCACAUGGAUCAAACGUUCGGCUUCGAGUGUGAUAACUUGCAACUUCUCAUUCUCGACGAAGCGGACCGUAUACUAGACAUGGGAUUUUCCAAGACGUUAUCUGCAUUACUCUCUCACCUGCCGAAAUCACGACAAACUCUACUUUUCUCGGCUACACAAACCCAGUCCGUGUCACAAUUAGCUCGCUUGAGUCUCAAAGACCCCGUUCCCAUCGGUGUGGAUGGAGCCAGUGGCUCGUCUGCUACUCCCCACGCACUUGCACAGCAUUACUCUGUCUGUACAUUGGACAAGAAGCUUGAUGUCCUGUGGUCAUUCAUCAAAACCCACCUACACUCCAAGGUUCUCGUCUUUUUGUCGACUGGGAAACAAGUCCGCUUCGUUUUCGAGACUUUCUGCAAGAUGCAUCCUGGAAUACCGCUGCUGCAUCUGCACGGAAAACAGAAACAGUCCGCCAGACUAACGAUGUACACUCGAUUUACAUCUUCUCAACACGCAGUCCUAAUCGCUACUGACAUAGCUGCACGCGGUUUGGACUUUCCUUCGGUCGAUUGGGUUGUGCAGGUCGAUGCUCCAGAGGACGCCGACACCUAUAUCCACCGAGUGGGCAGAACCGCGCGUUAUGAAAGCUCAGGAAAUGGCUUGCUACUCCUCAUGCCCAGCGAGGAAGAGGGCAUGAAAGCCGCACUAGAGAAGAAGAGUAUCAAGAUCGACAACAUCAAGAUUAGACCUAGCAAAACACAGAGUAUACAAAACCAACUCCAGAAACUUUCUUUUCAGGAUCCAGAGAUCAAGUAUCUCGGGCAACGUGCUUUUGUGUCCUAUGUUCGUUCUGUCCACCUUUACAAGGAUAAAUCGAUAUUUAAAGUCAACGAGCUUCCCGUUGAGAAGUUUGCGGAGUCUCUUGGCCUGCCGGGCGCGCCAAAGAUUAAGUUUCUAAACAAAGACCUUGUAAAAAGACAAAAGAACGCAUCUCGAACGGUGGCAGCUAUUCAGGCCGAGAUUGAAGCAGAGGCUAAGCAAGAGUCUCCUGACUCUGAAGAUGACUCUGAAGAGGCUGCUGUGUCGUCCGAUGAUGAUGCGCUAGCUACCGCUGCUCUUCCUCCCGACCCCGAGGUCAAGGAUGAUUCAAAGCUUUCCAUAUCUACCAAACCCGGCGUGCGCACGAAAUACGAUCGAAUGUUUGAGCGCAAAAAUCAAAAUAUUCUUUCUGCACACUACUCGAAAUUGGUUGAUCACGGUGACGCGGUUGAUGACGAGGAAGACUUCAUCACGCUGAAGCGCUCAAAUCACGAUUUAUCUGACACUGACGCAAUCCCAGAGAUAGACAAUUUGUCGAAGAGGAAGCUCAAGCUGUCCAGAACGAAACGCGCAGUUGCUAAAUAUGGCCAACUGGGACAGAAGUUGAUAUUCGACGACGAGGGGAACCCGCACGAAAUUUAUGAGAUGGUGGACCCUGCAGAAUUCUACAAAGGAGGUUUGGAAGGAGCGAAGGAAGCUGGAAAGGCCUUUGUGGAAGGGGAAAAGGACAAGCUAAAAGGCGCGGACGUGGUCGAUAAAAUGGAAGCUAAGGAUAAAAAGCGCGAAAAGAAGCGCAAGCGGAAGGAACGCGAGAAAGGUAUUGAUCGCGACGAUGGCCAUAUCCCAGAACUUGCACCCCCUGAUGACGACGGAUAUAUAUCCCCUGAAUUUGACCUGCCUUCUGAAGAUGAUGUGGAGUGCUCGCCGCCGCCACUCAAGCGGAGUAGACGUCCAGCUUCGACCAAAGAGGAUUCCAAGGGCUUUGAAGACGAGGAAGAGCUUGCACUCCAGCUGCUACGUAACCGCAGAUAGGGUUUGGAUUCUGUACGUAUGCAGUUCAUUAGAAUUCAUAUGCUAUCCAGUACCCAACAGGCAGUGUAGGCACGGUUGCACUUGGCUUGCGUUGUUGCAUUGUAUAUAUUGCCAACAUUCUCGCCGAGGAGACAGCAAGUACAUUUAAUAUCAUGAAAGUUUCAAACUUCAGUUGUAGUGCUUAACUAACACCCCAUUGAUGAUCUCUUCUUCUACGCCUUUAUCCUUUCCACUCUCCAGUGCUGAUUGGCCAUAGGCAGAUGUCCUCGCUUUCCUCCAUUGUUCCAUCGUCGGUGCCUCGCUAUCAUCGCAACGUCUCUGAAUUCCAACUCUUUGCAACACUGGACUUUCGGCCAUCGGCACCAACUUGACAUCGU